AUGUUGGAGCCCCUGGUUCGACUUCGGAAUGCUGUGAUUGAGGGAAACUUACCUAUCACGAAGCGGUUGUUGUCCAGAUUUCCCGAGCUUUGGUUAAAUGUUGAUCCAACUCACGAUGGGUGGUGUAAUUUACACUAUGCUUCUUUCUACGGAAAUUAUUUGGUGUGUUUUCAUUUGAUUACUUUCAUAAAUAACCACUUGAAGUCAUUGAGAGAAAGCUUCUCUCAUCUUGAUCUUUUAACAUUUGAUCAAUUCACAGUUUUGCAUUUGACUUGCAUUCAUCAUCAUUCUCAAACAUUGCAUUAUCUACUACAAGAAUUUCCGGGAGCGAUAUGGUUAAACUUUCAAGGCGGUCCCUUGAAGCAGACUCCUUUGCAUUAUAGCUGUGUUCAUGGAUUCAAAGAGGGUGUGACGUUGUUGCUAGAGUUUGGUGCCGACUGGACCAUGUCUGAUGGCGAUGGGAACACAUGCUUACACUACUGCUUCCAAUAUGGGAACUACGAAUGCAUGAGAGCCAUCUUGAAGUUCAUACUUAUGAAAUUUACGGAUAAAGAAAAAGCGAUUUCCGAAAUUGAUAAAUUGGAGGGUGUUAAAAACAGUCAUGGGUGGUUAGCAGCUGAUUACUCUUUGUCAUUCGAUCUAGUGACAAAAUACAAGUCAUUAAAAGAAGUCCUCAUCGCGUCCGACUAUGGCGUUCGUGGCUCCUCAACAAUUGCCGAGUUAGAGUCAGCCAAUCUCCCUGCAUUGGAACCCAUUGAAUCUUUGAGUUCCCAGUCUUCCGAGAACAAAGUCUUGUCUAGUCCCAUCGUGCCAAUGUCACAUUCUCAAGCUCGACUGCAAACUCACGCACGAACUCAUUCAACUAAAAGUGAUACUAAGACGUCGGAUGAGGAGGCUCAAAGUAAUGGAAGAGCGCAUUCGAGAUCAUUACCAACUAUAAACUCAUCACCUUCUAAAAAUAGACCAAUAACGGUUAGACAGAGAUCAAACACUGCAUUUAAUAGAGCUCAAGAUACUCUUACAAAUACUACAAGGACGCAACCAGUACAGCAAUCUCCACAAACACCCACAUUUCCAUUGCACAAGACUCCUUCUUUAAAGUCUGUCACAAUUUCUCCGUCCGUGAGGUUGCACUCUGCGUCUGAUUCUUCUCCUAAUUCAAAUUCCUCCAUCCCAACAGCAAAUGAUAUCUCAGCAACAGGUGCAAACAAAAUAACUCAGGCAUCAUCAGUCACACCGCAAGCAUCCAUCAACGAAAGAUGGCCUGAUGUGAAUUCCAGCCCCAGCAAUGUCAUCCGUCAGACCAUAAUAGUACCAGAUGCAAAAGCGACUCCUGAAAGCUCGGACAUGUCAGUGGGAUCUCAAUCUAAUACGUUUACAUCUUCCCCUAGUCCAGUGAGGAAACGACCUCCAGAAAGGACCUUAUCGAGAAAUGCUUCUACAAAUUCAGAAUCUUCUCUAUCCAGACUAUCCUUCCAAAGCAGCAAAGUAUCUAUUUCUGAAAGUCCUAGGCGUCCCUCACUUUCAUCUGCGUCAUCCUAUGAACGCAGACCUGAAUUCAGACGAUUUUCGUCACUGUAUCUGAAUCUAGGUCCAACUAUAUCGCCAGUCAAAUCUUCAUCAACAUCGACGUUGGAGAGCUUAUCUGAAGGUAGUCCUGGAAGCUCAAAAAAGUCAACGGUCAGUAGCAUCAGCUUUAACAGAGUGCGUUAA